AUGGACGCUGAUCAGCAGGAAGAAAAUGGAGCAAAUGUGGUAGGAAAUAGUAGUUUUGCAAUUGCAAAGAAUAGCUCCAUAAAGAAAAGGAGGUCAUCAACAAAUCAAACAUCUUUUGCCUAUUUCGUGGGAUGGGAAGAGAAAGUCAAAGUCGUUGAUACGCAUAUCGUAAAAGGGAGCAAUGCGUUUGCAGCCCCUGUUGAAGAGACAGACAAUAAUUCCAUGCAGGAUAGUUCUGCGUUGGACUACUGCAGGGAUUGCAGCGAUAGAUGUUUAAAUACAUUUUAUCAAAGACUUAACGAGUACUCAAUUUUUGCAGAAUACCUAGCACUUUUGUCCCCCUCGCAGCUUAGUUCACUUGCAAGCAUUACGAUUAAUGUUUCUUUACCAACACACACUCCACUUGGUAAAUUAUUGGGCAAUUUGGCUGGUAUGGAUUUGUGGUGUUGUGUUUACUUCUCUGUCUGCCUGAUUGGCUUAAUAUUUAUUUUUGGUGCAUACUAUACCACAGGUAUUUUUAAACUAAUGCAUUCCGUACAAAUGGAUGGUAGUGGGAUGACCACUAAUCGAGUUUGCUCCUAUGGUGACCAUUCCAUGAAAGGCCAUAUAAAUAUCCAAAUAUAUACACUGCUUCCUUUGCGAUAG